AUGUCUUCAGCUAUAUACGCUAAUACGGCUUUAUUUAUUGGAGUAUUUCUGGCUUGCUGUGACGUAACCGCUGAAUUUGUCCUUUCCCCAAUCUUACCACGACCAAACUGUGCUGCCAUAGGCUGUUUUGUCAGUGAUCAAUUCCGCUACUACUGGGGAACAAGCAAUAUGGUCCUUGGUUUUUUCGUGAUUAUCCUCACAUUGGCUAUGCUGGUAAAAUUACGCCAGAUCCAGAAAAAUUCUGAAUCCGAAAAAGCACUUGUCACUACAAGCAAUAGUAGCACGAGCAAAUUUAGACAAGCUAAUCGCAGCUCGCUUGGUAUCCUAGUAUCCUCUCUACUCUUUGUGACACUACCUAGCGUUGGCGUUGGUUUUGUUGAAAUGAUCGGCUUUUCUAUUUUCAAAACUGUAGGCCCAUUUUACAUACUGGGGCUGCUGUCAGCAGGUAUCUAG